CCUGCGGUGCGCCGCGUCCCGCCAGCUGACUCUCCUUUCUCCACAGCGCUGCUGCUGCGGGCCCGAGAGGCCGCGCAGUUCCUGCGGCCAAGGCAGCGCCGGGCCAACCAGGUCUUCGAGGAGGCCAAGCAGGGCCACCUGGAGCGGGAGUGCGUGGAGGAAUGGUGCAGUCGGGAGGAGGCCCGGGAGGUGUUCGAGAACGACCCUGAGACGGAAUAUUUCUAUCCAAGAUACCAAGAGUGCAUCAACAAAUAUGGACCCCCAAACACCAAACACCCAGACUUUGUCACUUGUGUCCGGAAUCUGCCUGACCAAUGCACCCCUAACCCGUGUUAUAAGCAGGGGACCCAAGUCUGCCAGGACCUCAUGGGCAACUUCUUCUGCGUGUGCAGAGCCGGUUGGGGGGGCCGGCGAUGUGACAAAGAUGUGGAUGAGUGCAGCCAGGAGAGUGGAGGCUGCGGCCAGGUCUGCCUCAACACACCAGGCAGCUUCCACUGUGCCUGCCACAGCGGCUAUGCGCUCAGCCUCAAUGACAGCCGGACCUGUCACGACAUAGAUGAGUGUGCGGACACAGAGGCCUGCGGGGAGGCGCACUGCAAGAACCUGCCGGGUUCGUACACCUGCCUCUGUGAUGAGGGCUUCGAAUUCAGCACUCAGGACAAGGCCUGCCAAGAUGUGGAUGAGUGUGCGCAGGGACGCUGCGAGCAGACCUGUGUCAACACCCUGGGCAGCUACACCUGCCACUGCAAUGGCCGCGGCGGCCUCAAGCUGUCCCCCGACAUGGAUACCUGUGAGGACAUUUUGCCCUGUGUGCCCUUCAGCGCAGCCAAGAGCAUGAAGUCCUUGUACCUGGGCCGCAUGUUCAGUGGAGCCCCAGUGAUCCGGCUGCGCUUCAAAAGGCUGCAGCCUACCAGGCUAGUGGCUGAGUUUGACUUCCGGACCUUUGACCCUGAAGGCAUUCUCUUCUUUGCUGGAGGCCACUUGGACAGCAGUUGGGUAGUACUGGGCCUGCGGGCUGGCCGGCUGGAGCUGCAGCUACGCUACAAUGGUGUUGGCCGUGUCACCAGCAGUGGUCCAGUCAUCAACCAUGGCCUGUGGCAAACAAUCUCUGUGGAGGAGCUGGAUCGCAACCUAGUGAUCAAGGUCAACAAGGACGCUGUGAUGAAGAUCGCGGUGGCUGGAGACCUAUUCCAGCUGGACCGAGGCCUGUACCACCUGAACCUCACAGUGGGGGGCAUUCCCUUCUCAGCCCAGGACCUUGUUCAGCCUAUCAACCCUCGCCUGGAUGGCUGCAUGAGGAGCUGGAGCUGGCUGAAUGGGGAAGACAGCACUAUCCAGGAAACGGUGAAAGCAAACACGAAGAUGCAGUGUUUCUCGGUGACGGAGAAGGGGUCCUUCUUCCCUGGCAGCGGAUUUGCCUUCUACAGCCUCAGCUACACGCGGACGUCCCUGGACACGGGGACUGGAGGAACCUGGAAAGUGGAAGUCGUGGCUCGGAUUCGCCCCGCAGCCGAUACGGGAGUGCUGCUCGCUCUGGUAGGCGGCAACCACACAGUGGCCCUGUCCGUGGCCCUGGUCGACUACCACUCCACGAAGAAGCUGAAGAAGCAGCUGGUGGUCCUGGCGGUGGAGGACAUUGCCCUGGCUCUGAUGGAGAUCAAGGUGUGUGAUGGUCAGGAGCAUGUGGUCACCGUGUCCCUGAAGGAGGGCAAGGCCAACUUAGAAGUGGACGGCACCAAGGGUCAGAGUGAAGUGAGCACUGCCCAGCUGCAGGAGCGGCUGGCCCUGCUGGCAACACACCUGCAGGGCUCUGUGCUCACCUUCAUCGGGGGCCUGCCAGAUGUGCCUGUGACCUCAGCACCAGUCACUGCCUUCUACCAUGGUUGCAUGACAAUGGAGGUUAACGGGAAACCCUUGGACCUGGACGAGGCCACGUACAAGCACAGCGACAUCAUCGCACAUUCCUGCCCACCCGUGGAGCAUGCUGUACCCUAGACCUCUGCAGGACGUCCGGGGACUCCUGUCCCGUCAUCCAGACAGGAAGGCACAACCCUGCACACCAAGCGGCUGGCCGCCCUGGCGAGAUGUUCUCCUGGAGAGCCCUGGGCAGUAACAAUCUUGUAAAUAAUGUCAGAAUCAAAGCUGUGCUUGGCCGCAGAGCGACUGAGCUCCCGGGGGACGCAUGGGAGGUAGCAGCUCACAGCAGAGUGAACUGGGAGAAAAUAGUCCCCUAUUAUUUUUAUUACCACACGCUUCUGACUGACUCUAAAAUAUGGAGAAUAAAAUAUUUAGA